UGGUCUGUUGUUAGACUGUUGUUGGACUGUCAUUGGACUGUCGUUGGACUGUCGUUGGACUGUUGUUGGUCUGUCGUUGGUCUGUUGUGGAUCCCACUCUGUUCUCCUCUUGUCUCAUGACGAGGUCUGUGAGAACUGUCCUCCUCCUCUCUCACAUCUUCAUUCAAACAAAUUCAGCUAACCCUUUAAGGAGUGACCAAUCAGCAUGAGGCUGUGAUUCUGCUACUGAGGAGGAGGAGGAGGAGGAGGGAGGACGGAGGAGGUCCAUCUUCUAAAACCUGCUGCUCGUCCUUAAACAGAUUAAACUAAUGAAGGUGAUUAAACCGCAGCAGAUCUGCGGAUGAUCCGACUCCUCCUUCUCCUCCUCCUUCACCUCCUCCUCCUCCUCCUCCUCCUCCUCCUCUGAGCACCAACUCAGCUGCAGCUUCAUCCUGAUCAUUUGGCGGGUUUUCUCGUCUCGGUACAGUUUCUUCUUCUCUCCACGUGUCUCCUCUGUUUCUCCAGCUGUGGAAUCCCGGCACUUUUUUUUGUUUCUGUGAAUUUGUGAAAACCUUCCUCUCUUUUCCUCCUCCUCCUCCUCUUCCUCCUCCUCCUCCUCAGGAGUGAGCAGCUCCUGUCCACACAGAGAACUCUGAGCCUGAGGAUGGUUUUUCAGGACCAGAGAAGAACCUGAGAGGACUUGAAGGAACUCUUCAAGGAUCAGUUGACCCUGGAGAGUUUUUAAUCCGGUGAUAACGCUAACACCAGGAUCAACACGAUCUGAUUGGCUGUCUCUGAUUGGACCCUAGCAAUCUUGGGAUAUCAGAUGACAUUUGAUCUGGAGAGUGAUCUCAACAAACAUCAGGAAGAAAACCUGGGCACUGUGGAAGAACUGGACUACUGAUAUUCCACGUGGAACCGUCCAGAGACCCUGGGAACACUUCAGUGCGGUCCUCAGGACUGAUGGGUACUCUGCGGGACCUGCAGUACGCCCUCCAGCAGAAGAUCGAGGAGCUGCGGCAGCGAGAUGCCCUUAUCGACGAGUUGGAGCUGGAGCUGGACCAGAAGGACGAGUUGAUCCAAAGACUCCAGAACGAACUGGACAAGUACCGGUCGGUGAUCAGACCUGCUACGGCCCAACAGGUCCAGGCCCAGCAGCACAGCCUGGUCCUGCAGCCAGACCAGCAUCGAAGCAAGAGGCAGGCCAUCUCUGCUGAGCCCACAGCCUGUGACAUCAGCGCCCUGAGUCAUGUGACCCUGCCUUUCUACCCCAAGAGUCCAGAGUCCAAGGAGCUGAUCAAGGACGCCAUCUUGGACAAUGACUUCAUGAAGAACCUGGAGCUGUCUCAGAUCCAGGAGAUCGUUGACUGCAUGUACCCAGUGGAUUAUGGGAAAGACGCCUGCAUCAUCAAAGAGGGCGACGUCGGCUCACUUGUCUUCGUCAUGGAAGAAGGUAAAGUGGAGGUGACCAAGGAGGGAAUGAAGCUGUGCACCAUGGGACCUGGGAAGGUGUUUGGAGAACUGGCCAUUCUUUACAACUGCACCAGGACGGCUACAGUCAGGACUCUCACCCCUGUGAAGCUGUGGGCCAUCGACCGGCAGUGUUUCCAGAUCAUCAUGAUGAGAACGGGUCUCAUUAAACACGCCGAGUACAUGGACUUCCUCAGGAGUGUUCCCUCCUUCCAGCCUCUCUCGGAGGAGACCCUCAGUAAACUCGCUGACGUAAUGGAGGAGACACACUACGACGAGGGUGAGUACAUCAUUAGACAGGGGGCCACGGGGGACACCUUCUUCAUCAUAAGUAAAGGAAAGGUGAACGUGACCCAGGAGAGCUCAGCCAAUCAGGAACCAGUACACCUGCGCGAGCUCGCCAGAGGAGACUGGUUUGGAGAGAGGGCGCUGCAGGGGGAGGACAUCAGAACAGCCAACGUCAUUGCUGCAGACACGGUCACCUGCCUGGUCAUCGACAGAGACUCGUUCAAGCAUCUGAUUGGUGGAUUAGACGACGUGGCCUCCAAUCGAUAUGAAGACACUGAAGCCAAAGCUAAGUACGAGGCAGAAAACGCCUUCUUCUCCAGCCUGAAGCUGAACGACUUCAACAUCAUCGACACGCUAGGAGUCGGAGGCUUUGGACGCGUGGAGCUGGUGCAGCUGAAGAGUGAGGAGGCAAAAACGUUUGCCAUGAAGAUCCUGAAGAAGCGCCACAUAGUGGACACACGACAACAGGAGCACAUCCGCUCCGAGAAACACAUCAUGACGGAGGCCCACUCCGACUUCGUGGUUAGGUUGUACCGGACCUUCAAAGACAGUAAAUACCUGUACAUGCUGAUGGAGGCGUGUCUGGGUGGAGAACUGUGGACCAUCCUGAGAGACAGAGGUUCCUUCGAAGACUCCACCACCAGGUUCUACACGGCAUGUGUGGUUGAAGCCUUCGCUUACCUUCACGCUAAAGGCAUCAUCUACAGAGACCUGAAGCCCGAGAACCUGAUCCUGGACAGUCGAGGAUACGCCAAAGUGGUUGACUUUGGUUUUGCUAAGAAGAUCGGGUUCUGUAAGAAGACGUGGACCUUCUGUGGAACACCGGAGUACGUUGCUCCAGAGAUCAUCCUCAACAAGGGUCACGAUGUGUCGGCCGACUACUGGUCUCUGGGGAUCCUCAUGUUUGAGCUGCUGACGGGCAGUCCUCCCUUCUCAGGUCCAGAUCCAAUGAAGACCUACAACGUCAUCCUGAGAGGCAUUGACAUGAUUGAGUUCCCCAAGAAGAUCACCAAGAACGCCUGCAACCUUAUCAAGAAGCUCUGCAGGGACAAUCCUUCAGAGAGACUUGGGAACCUGAAGAACGGAGUCAAAGACAUCCAGAAGCACAAGUGGUUUGAGGGCUUUAACUGGGAAGGUCUGAGAAAAGGAACCCUGACUCCACCCAUCACACCUUACGUGUCCUCCCCUACCGACACCAGUAACUUUGACAGUUUCCCUGAAGACACAGAUGAACCUCCACCUGACGACGUCACCGGCUGGGACUUCGACUUCUAGUUCUUCUUCCACAACCUGAGACCUUGUUCAAACAUCUGGAGAAAAGGAGGCGUAGGAUAAUAUCACCAUCAACUCCCCUGGACCCACAAACUUCUCCAAACAAACCCUGAUGAUCAAAGGUGCAGCCAGAACCGCAACCAAAACCAUUUUGAUGUUCUAUCACAGUUGCCAGAGCAGGAAGAAGGUCUGAGUACCAGCGUCUUCCCAGUCAUCCAUGACCUGGGUCGUUGCCAGGCUCCAGAUUCAGAAGAGCUCUUGGCUCUAGAAAGUUCUUAGUCCAAUAAAGUGUACCAGCCUCAGUCCACUUCCUAGUCUUGACCUUUAGAUCCAAUGUCUUCCUUGUUUUGAUGAGCCCAGGUUUGAUGAGUCGGUCAGAGAGGAAGGUGGACCUCCAAAGUCUCUAGGUGGUUCAGUAUCUGUUGAUGUUCUGGGCUUAGAUAAAACCUAGGAUGUUCUGACUUUAUGACCAAAAGGUGUCUCUAAAUUUUAAUCCCACACUACAGACCCGUCUUCCUGAGACCAGAUCACAUCCUGAUCAUUUUGACCCAGUUUGAGGCUAAAUCAGGGAAAACAAAAAACCACAUCAAAAGAAAAGUCUGGUUUCCACCAAUAGCUCGCCUCGGAACUCUUUGCUCCCUAUCGAUGACAUCACACUACAGAACAUUGUCUACAGCCAAUGAAAGCCUUCCUUCCUGCCAAGUGUCCUUUGUCACUGUCUGACACUUGAACUUUGACCCCACUUAGGAAGUCUGUAUUACUGCCACAAGUUCAAGUCCAGAUUCUGCUGCCGAACGACCAGGAAACUGGAACCUUGAUACUGCCCUCUGGGCUCGCCAAAAUAAGAGAGAGAAAAGGGUAAGGUCACCGUGAUGCCUUCACCUCUUAUUCAGCUCUGGGACAAAAGGCUUUCGACAAAGGGGGCGCAGCUGUUGCCCUCUGGAGGCAGACAGAGUGAAGUUAAGCGACCUUUCCCACGAUUGAACUUCACUGUUUGUGACUUUUUUGCGUAGUAACAACAUGAAAACUAUUUUUGUACAUAUUACUGAGACUUCCUACAUGUUUUGCACAAAGAUAAAAUCACUCCUUACAAAGUCACAAUGCAGUUUCAUUUGUUGGUGUUUGUUUUUAAUGUGUUCCAUUUUCCAGUGUUCGCUUUUUAGUGUUUUGAGUGUUUCCAAUUUCUGAGUCAGCGCCCCCUUGUGAUUUGUAAUGUGAUUCAAAGAGGUAAACUGUUGUGCUUACAAAACAUAUAGAGGGGUGUCUUUUAUUCUUACUGUAAGUUACUAACCAGGUUAAACUCACUAACUCACGGCAGGAUGGCAGUUCGUUAACUGAACUCAGCCACUGAACUGUAGCUUCCAUUUCACAGAGUGGACAUGAAGACAUACAGAAUGAAGGAGAGUGUGCGAUUGUUUAUUGUUUUUCAGUUUGUGUUAAUCAACUUUUUUUUUAAAUACCACACUUCACACUUUUACAGAUGCCUUGGUAACAUUGUUCAGAUCGACCUGUGAGACUUUUGUAAAUGAAUUCAGUGCCGUAAUUUCUGUGAAACUCUGCAUGAAAAUAUCUGACAUUCUACAUGUAACCACUGGGGGGCAGUCGAGCGUCAACAACGGCAAAGGAGACGUAGAGAAGCCGUUAGAAGGAAGAAUAAAAGAGUUCAAGCCACUGGUUUUAUAAUUUGGACAUGAAAUUUCGGGAGUUUGAGCUUUCCAAGGAUUAGCAGAGUCGUUGGACAAAAAGUACUACACGUGCUUCCAAAGUUUGGGUUUGGUACUUGGGCUGUAUUUGCACAUAAAACAACAUACUGUUUGGGGUUAAUAAGCCAACAUUAGAAAUGUUUAACACAUACACAUACAGUUCAAGUUAACUUUUGCCAGUUCUGAAAAAAAAACUGACAUCAUCAUUUUACACUAAUGACUUUUAUUUUCAAAUAAAUAAAAAAGAGGUGUAUACUGUAUAUUUGACAAUAAAAGUUUACAGUAACGGUAAAAUGUUUGUAAUGUAGUAUUGAGAGUGUGCAAAGCUAAUGUUUCAGGUUUAUUUGUAUAUAUUGGAGGUAUUGAUUAUGUUGUUUAUUUUCAUAGUUAGCAUUAUGAUGACGCCCUGACCUUGUAGCUGCAGAGUCUGUUCCACUAGCUUUAUGGACGUGACUGUUAAGACUUGAAAGAUUUAUCUCUUGUUAAUCAUUUAAAAAAAUAAAAACUGAUUGAAAGUGACACUGUUUCUCCGUAUUCUCCUUUUUUUAAAGUAUUUUCCAGUAUUUCUGUAACACCUUGGCGCCAAACUUUGGACAAUGAAAUAUAUGGGAC